GGGAUUAUUCAAAUGAUGACCAAUUUGUGGGGAAGAAACGACUAUUAGAUGUCGCCAGGCUAGGAAGCCCUGCUUUUUGGCAUGAACAUACACAAAUGACAGCAAAGAGUUUGUCGUUAACUGAAGAAUAUAUUAGCUCUUGGUAUACACCAUCAACCGCCCUACUAUUUCUCGCUCUCUUAAGUAUUAUCGAUCGAGAUAUUGCUUUUUUCCGUCUUACAAUGCCUCACGCCACAGAGACAUUGAACUCAUUGACUGGUGGUGCCUCUAUCUUGUCGUCAUUGCCUAUUCCGAUUCCAAACAGUACGAUCUCGAACAGUCUGUACGGUCGUAGUAUUUCCACUAUAGUUGCCGAACCGUCUGUAUCUUCCCAUAACUCUUACUCGGAUUACCUACAUAAUUCUGUAACAGCCUUGGCUGAUGAUAAUUCGAGUACCUUGCAUGAUCAAGACUUAUAUGUUGGAUACUCUACGGACGGUGCCAGUUUUACUUCUCUUCCGUCCGAUUCUCAUUUGAAAGUCCUCGAAAUUAGUCAUUGUCGUGAUAAUAUGUGCUGUAACAUGGAUCAUGGCAAUUUACACGAUCUUUUACAGCAUAUUGAUACUUUUCACCCGAGAUUAAAAGUGGUAGAUGGUGUCAUAUUUCCGUUUGACACCAGUACCGUGUAUACUCAAUUAGACAACGGUUUCCAUACUUUUAAUACUGCCCCUCUUGGUUUUGUGCACCAUUCUAUGGCCAAUUCUUCUCCUCAUAGUCCCAUUGCCGAAUCAAAGCCUAUUCUUAACUCUGAUGAUAUCAAUUUCCAUACUUAUAUAGAUGAUGCUCCUUCAUCUGUUAUGAGUAAACAAAAGUGGUGCUCUCAAAAUCUCGGUCAAGGAAACGUUUCACAAGAUGAUAAAUCUUGUGAUUCCGACGCUGAACUCCGUCUUCCUUAUCAGUACUCUGUGCUGUACGAAAAUAAACACACGCUAAAUCCUUCAAGUCUUAGUAUUAAUGAGACAACAUAUAUUCGUGAUCAAGCUCCUUCAAAUUCUUCUUCAAUCUCUACAAGCUAUGAUUCUCCCCCACAUGCUUUUCAAAUGAAUGCUGAUCAAGAUCAAUUAUUAUCUGCUGUUCAAUCUCCAUUAAUGUCUUAUCCUACAACUCCUAUUUCUGAUUCAAGGGAAUUUUCUUCUUUCAUUUUGGACAAUCAGUCUUCAAUUUUAACUUCCUCCCCACCAUCAUCUACGACU